AUGUCAAGUCGUCGUCAAAGAGAGAGUCGUUGUCGGGAUGAUCAUGACAGCGACGAGGAUUCGUUGAUUGAAGCAUUUGAAACCACCUUGACUAUUAGACCAUCCACGACUGAAUAUGAAGAAGAUAAUGACAUUUCCAUUGAUCAUACCGUCUUACCUAAUAGUACUAUAAAUUAUACUAGAGAUACAAGUAUUGUCGAUAUACAAGAAUUGGAAGAAAAUGAACAACUUUUAGAACAAAUCCCCAAAUUUAAACCCAAUACGAGAAGAUACAGUCUUUUGCCCACUUACAACACUAUCAAAACAAUCGAUGAAAAUGACAGAACGAUUAAUACCACCACGUUUGAAAAAACACCGAGUCCAAGAUUGGAAGAACAUUAUAAUACCCAAAAACUUGAUCCUAAAUACAAUUCAAUCCUAAAACCUUCCAUAUUAAUCGAUGAAUCAUUAACCAAAUACACUAAGACCUUCAAUGAUUUCUUACAAUCAAACCCCCAUAUCCAAAAAGAAUCCCCUCGAUUCCCUCAAGAUUCAGAUAGAACUUUAAUUGUCUUGUCCCCCUAUUCUGCCGAACACGCAUUUGGACGGAAAUGGGUCACCAAAUCAUACCUAUCCACCAUCUUCGAACGGCCUCAACGAUUAGCAGCCAGUUGUAUUGGGGUAGCCUCGGCAGUAACGAUGUUUCCCUAUUAUUAUAAAGUCAUCAAUUCCACCAAAAGAGGUUCUAUUUUUGCAUCCCAUGUUCGUAAGAUUCAUGGACGUAAUUGGCCCAAGAAAUUAUUUGAAUUAUGUUUGGAAUCUCAUGAGAAAUUAAAGAAUGAUGAAUUGGAAGUUCCGGAAGAUUGGAACACGGGAGAUAUUUAUCUAACUCCGAAAACUAUAAAUGCAAUCGAAGGAGUCAUUGGAAGUAUCGAAACAGCGGUGGAUAGUUUAUAUCUGAAGAGGAAAAAACAGUUGAAUGAAGGUCAUAAUCUUGCGUUUGUAGUGAUUAGACCUCCAGGACAUCAUAGUCAUGCUUGUUUGCCUAGUGGAUUUUGUUUGUUAAAUAAUGUCCAGAUUGGAAUUGAGUAUGCGUUUGAGAAGUAUGGAAUCACUCAUUGUGCGAUUUUGGAUAUUGAUUUACAUCAUGGUGAUGGAUCACAGGAUAUUUGUUGGGAAAGAGGUGGAUUUACCGGUGAGUAUGGACAACAGGAGGAAGAUGAGAUUGUAGAUCCGAAAUUGAAUCCAAGGGAUGAUUAUGGGAAACGAUUUGCUACAUAUCCUAAAGUAGGAUACUUUUCAUUGCAUGAUAUUAAAUCAUAUCCUACUGAAUUAGGAUAUGCUACCAAGGAAAAUAUUAAGAAUGCAUCUACUUGUAUUAUGGAUCAUGAUUUAAAUAUUUGGAAUGUUCAUUUACAAUCUUGGAAUGAUGAAGAUGAAUUCUAUAAACAUUAUCAAACCAAAUAUGUUGCCAUUUUAAAUCGAGCAAAUCAAUUCCUCAAUAAUGCCAAAAAACAAUAUGAUGAUGAAUAUCAAGAAUAUUUAAUCCAAUUAUCAAAAUAUAAUAAAUCAAUUCUUAAACCCCAUCUCUUUGCUCCCAACCAACAACCUUCCACGAUCACCAAACCAACCCCACCACCUCCAUUCAAACCCCUAAUCACAAUCUCCGCCGGAUUUGACGCUUCAGAAUAUGAAAACCCGCAAAUGCAACGUCAUGGGAUCAACGUCCCCACCUCAUUCUAUGCCACCUUCACCCAAGACGUCGUCAAACUCGCCAAAAUCCAUACCAACGGAAAAGUCAUCUCCUUCUUAGAAGGAGGAUAUUCCGAUGGAGCAUUGACCACGGGGAUUUUCUCCCAUUUGAUCGGUCUCAACAAUGACGACGAAUUCUUGUGGAAUCAAACCUGGGGAAGUGAACAAGUGAUGAAGGAAUUAGUUAAAGGAUGUAAGAAAUCCUGGACCCCCUAUAAGAAACCUCAGAGUGAUAUUACCAUCUGGGCUAAUGAGGUUAUCAAAUUAGGUAGAUCGAUGAUGCCGAAUGCUAUCUUGCCGGCGAAUUAUAUCUAUCUGUAUCUGUAUCCUGAAAGUCUGGAGCCUAAGGGGGCCGUGAAUAAGAUGGUGAAGGAGCUUAUGGAUUCGAAUGGGAAGUUGUUGGUUGUGCCUGAGAGUCCGGUGAAGGUUGAUCCUGAGGAUGGGAGGAAGGUGGUUAGACAUACUAGAUCGUAUUAUAGGCGGAAAGACGGGGAUGAAUAA